AUCCAAGCAAAGCAGGAUCUUGUAUUCGUUUUUUGAUACCGUGAGGUCCUUAUCGCUAACAUCUGUGUCCUUAUCGCGAAUCCGAACGACAUGCUGAUCACAAGGUGGACCGGCGUCCUUUUCCGGCCAGCGACCGGUCUUUUUCGGUUCGAUCGUUCUCCACCUUCCGCCUCGAAACGCACGAUAUCCUGUUCGUCCUGCGUCCGAUCAACAGUCAACUCUCCGCCUGAUGGAUCCCAACAGAAACCGUACUCCUUCGAACCUCUUUCGGGCCGUGCUCUGGUCCGGGUUCACGGCGAGGACUCCGUGAGCUUCCUCCAGGGACUGAUGACGAACGAUAUGCGGCACUUCGAGCACAGCCGAGCGAUCUAUACCAUGUUUUUGCGGGUGAAUGGACGUGUGUUCUGCGAUGCGCUCGUCUACCGACAUCCAGAAGCCAAGGGAAAUGACGACUUUCUACUCGAAUGCGAUCGGCCGGCUGCGUCCCGGUUGGAGAAACACCUGAAGCUGUACCGUUUGCGGAAGAAGGUCCAGGUGCUGCUGGACGAAACAUACCACACCUGGGUUGCGUACAGAGCACAGGCUGAUCCAGAAGCAAAGGCAUUACCGGUAGAUGAAAGGAAAGGGCAUACCGAUCCCCAUCUGUUCAAGGAUCCACGACUUCCAAGACUCGGCUACCGUGUCCUAAUGGGUAGUAACGGUGAUCAGACGGAAAAAUUAGAUCGAUUACUUGAAACGUUCCCGGGCGAGAUUACCACCGUGCCGCGGUACGUGCCGUUCCGUUACACGUUGGGCGUCGGCGAAGGAGAACUCAAUCUACCGGAUGGGAAAGCAUUUCCGCUCGAGAGCAACUGUGAUUGGCUGCACGGUGUAAGCUUCCACAAGGGUUGCUACAUCGGCCAGGAACUAACAGCCCGUACCUACCACACCGGAGUGACGCGAAAACGUCUCAUGCCGCUACAGUUCGAGGGGCUACCCCUGGAGGACGUACCGAUAGAUGUGUUACGCGAGGCGGAUAUUAAAAAUCAGACAGGAGCAUCCGUUGGAAAGCUACGGGGAUAUUCCGCCGGCCAAGGGCUUGGAUUGUUGCGUAUCGAGAAGGUGCUGCCGGCGGGAGGACCUUUAACGCUAUCCGUACCCGGCAUCACACACAGUAUCGUGUGCCACACCAUCAGACCGUUCUGGUGGCCUAACGAAACAAACACACGCUCCUAG